GAUUGUAUUAAUAAUCGACUACAAUAUACUCUUUAGUUUACCAAGGAUGAAAAUCAAGCAUUUUGUAUUCAUGUUUAUAUCUCUAUUAUGGCAAUUGAGCCAUCCAAAGAUGAAGAUCAAUUUGGUGCAAUAGAAGAAUCCAAAAUAAAAAUUGGAAUAGAUGGUUGGAGAAAUUGGGGAGGCUGGAGUUCAAUAGGAAGACGAAGAAAUAAUGGUGGAGAAAACAAAGAAGGUGGACAAGUUGGAGUUGCAAAAGAAAAAGGUGAACAAAUUGAGAGUGGAAAAGACAACAAAACUGAAAGAGAAGAUGAAGAUGGACACAUUGGUGAAGAUUGGGAUUUGAGAGGUACGAGAAGUUGGAAACUUUAAUGAGACGACUUUAACACAAAAAAAUGAAGAGCGUAAGGGAUCGAUAUCCAUGAAAAUCAGAGCCAGGGCCGGCCCAACCCGUUUAUAGGUCUAAAGCAAAUUUUAAAGUGAGGCUUUUAAAAUGUAUUUUAAAAUAUUAAUUUUAUGGUUGUUAAGAAUAGAACUUAAGACCAAAAAGAAAAGAGGCCUAUAUUUUACCAACUCAACUACAAUAAUAUAUGUAACAUAAGUGUCAUUAUAUAUUUUUAUAACUAAUUGAAAAAAUUUGAGGCCUUUUUAAGCCCAAACUUUUGGGGCCUAAAGCCCUAGCUUCGGUAGCUUGACCCUUGGGCCGACCCUGAUCAGAGCUUGCAUGUGUGUAAUACAUUCCAUGCAACUUGUAAAAUUAAAUCAUGGUCUUUAUCUUAAUCCAUACCUAGUUGAUAUUAAAAUGCACAUCUUUACCUAAAUUAAUAUAGAUUUACUGAUAUCCUUUGUAAGA